AUGAAUAGACUAUUCCAGGGCAAAAGCUACCUACGAUGUAUCAACCGAAUACUUAGGCAAAAUCAGCUUAAAUCUAGCCAAUUGCAACAUCAGCAACCUUUUUUACAACCAAAAUUUACCCCAUACUUUACUAGAUCAUUUCAUCAAAAAUCAAUAAUACUACAACAACUUAAAAAUAAUGAUAAUCAGAAGGAUCCAAAAGAGAUUAAUAUAAUUCCUAAAGCUAAAGAAGUUGUCAAAGAGAUCCCGAAAGUGACAAAAGAGCAACUAUUAGCAAAGGCAAAUAAUGUGAUAUCUAGAUUAAAAAUUCGAGUAAAAUGGCUUUUAAAAAAAUCCAAUCGACCUUAUAAUACAGAUGAUUAUUCAGCAUUUUUUUCAUGGUUAGUUGUUGGUAAUGUAUUCUUAAUAUUUGUUGCAACAACAACUUUUUUUUCAUUAAUUAUAUUUACAGCAAAUACAGUUUUUGCACAAGAAUUUGUUGCAAGAAAAUUAGGAGAGUUUAUUACAAAAAAUUCAAAUAUGACCGUUACUUUCGAGAGUGCGAUUGUACCUGGCUGGUCAGAUGGUAAAAUCAGUUUUAGGAAAUGUUUUGUUAGUAGAAGACCUAAAAAGAUUGAAAAAUUUAUAAAAGGAUCACAACAAGAAGCGUAUGAAGAAUCACUAAUGAUUAAAACACCAAAUGGAGAAAUAAUAGAAGAUGUUUUUGAAGAUGAUGGAAACUAUACACAAUUUGAUUUAAUAAUAGAAGAAGUCAAUAUAUCUUUAUCUUUUAAUAAAUGGGUCAAUGGUACUGGUAUGAUUGAAACAUUAGAAAUUAAAGGAUUGAGAGGUGAGGUCGAUAGAACACACGUUAUUUGGAAUCCAGAUGAUGAUGCAACGAAUUAUAAAAAUGUUUAUCAACCUGGAGAUUUUGAAAUUGAAGACUUCAAAAUGGAAGAUGUGUUAUUUGAAUUGAAGCAACCAAAAGGAUUUAGACCUUUUGAUGUUGCCAUAUAUAAUUGUGAAUUAUCAAAAUUAAGAAAACACUGGUUGUUUUAUGAUUUUUUGAAUGCAAAUGUUAUGAGUGGUUCAUAUGAUAAUUCAUUAUUUACUGUACAUAAAAAGCAAAGAUUAAGCGAUUUUUCAUUAGACGGAGAGGAUACAUUAAAAAAGCAUAACAAAUGGAAAAGAAUCACAUGUUUAAGAGUUGAUGCAUUAAAUAUUGAUCAUUUAAAUACCGGUUUAGAAGGACCAUUUGGUUGGAUCACAAGUGGUAAAGUUGAUAUGAUUGGUGAAGUAAUGGUACCACAAGAACAUGAUGAUGAAAUUGGUGUUAAAGAAAUUGUUAAUAUGAUUGCUGAGUCAAUCACAAAGGAAGCCACCAGGUACAAAAAUCCAGAAGUGCAAUCAAAACACCCAGAUAUGCAUACAAGAUUAACAAAAGAUGAUUAUACAGAUAUAACGAAAUAUUUUGUAUUAGAUUUGACUAUAAGAUUAAACAAUGUCAGAGCUAUAGUUCCAUUUAAAGCACCUGAAUUAUCAUACAUCAACUAUGCAUUAAUUAGACCAAUUGUGGCUUAUAUUAAUUCCAAAAAUACAGUUAUUGAAAUUCAUAAUAGAAUUGUCAAAAAUAUUCAAGAUUUUGAAGGUUCAUGGACUGUUUAUGAUUCUUUAUUAAUGGAUGAUAUAUCUGAAGAAGUUUAUGAUAAUUUUGUUGAUUAUGUAGCAGAUGAAGAAGCUAGAUUAGUUAGAAUGAAAAGAAUUGGAUUCUGGUCUUUACAAUUAUUCUUGCAAUUGAUACUUGUUGGUUUAGGAACAUUGGCGUAA